UGUCUGCGGCACUCCAGACGGUAUUACGCCCGGGAAUCAGAAGGAUGGUGUGCUUGGAGCCGCUCGACGCCGCCAGCCUGCUCUAAGAAGUGUAUUUAUAUUCUGUCCUUCUGUGGCAACUGGCAUUUUCUUCCAAGUGUUUCUCCCGCACCAUCGUCAGCAUCAUCAUCGAAAACUUAGAGACGUUAACACACCGCUCUUAUAAACGCAGUGAAUUAAUUGGCAUGAAAGAGUAAUCUACAACGUCCUGGUAGGAUGUUUUGGAAAAGCGCGUGACAAGUACUGGAACGGGUUAGACCGUGUUAGAUUACUUCAUACUAUUCCGUGAAAUGGAAUAAUACUUGUUGCAAUAUCAUAAUUUACAGUGAUCUCCAUAUCAGAUCUCCAAGCUACGGUAUUCGACUAUUGAAGCGACCACGAACCCCCCCCCCCCCCAAAAAAAGAGGAUUGAGUGUUUUUAAAAACUGAAGUCUCAAUAUUAUAAACAUAUUUUAUUGAAUGAUUGAUAGUUCCAUCCAGCUAAGGAAAAGAUAAAAUAUCGGAAAGUGGAUGAUUAUCAAGUAAAUGUUGAAGGUCGGCCAUGGAUUCAAUGAGUGAAUUCACCAGCUGGUCCAGUGACAACACCAGCAACGAAACCAACAACUGGUCGUUGUGGUGUAGCGAUGUAGACUACAGUUACCUUGCCAGCGUCAUCUUCAUUUGCAUUAUGAUGCUCAUGGGGACCAUCGCUAACAUCGGUCUCUUGGUCAUCACAUGCCUCAACAAAUCCCUGAGGACUCCUUCCAACAUCUUCCUCAUCAAUGUCAUCGUAGGUGACCUGAUAUACAUCCUGAUGCGUGGACCUGUCUACGUCAACAAGCUCCUUCAGCCACUUUGCUGGAGCGCCGGACUGUUUGCCUGCAAGAUGCAUACCUACUUCGAAACGGUCGCGCAGUAUGUCUGCAUCCUCUCCCUGACAGCGUUGAGCAUAGAGCGUUACAUGGCGGUUGUCAGAGGUCUGGAGUCCAGGCAGAUCAACGGCAGAACCGUUAAGGUAGUGGGUGUCCUGGUGACGUGGAUCGUGGCCCUCGUCCUAUCUAUCCCCAUGGCUCUAUUCUCCUACAUCCCCGCGUUCGUGCCGAUAUGCAGCACUGUCCGCCUGGGUGAGCUACGAGGACUUCUCUUCGACCUGUAUAGCUUCUUCACCAUGUACUUCGUACCGUUACUGGUGAUCAGUACCCUCUAUGUCUCUAUAGCGAUGACACUCUACAAGAGCAGUCAUACCAUGCUUAACAAUACGAGACAGGACGGGAAUAACAGCAGACAGACUUCCCAGCGACGUCGCCUCGCCAUGAUAUUUGUCCUUAUCACUGUGUCCUUUGCCAUCUUCUGGAUGCCCUAUUUUGUCUACCGCCUCUACAAACAGGCAAUGCAUAACUACGGUAGGGACAAGCCGCACAGCAAAAUAUUUGACGAGAUAUCCGCUAUUUCGGCGCUCUUGAACGCGUGCCUCGACCCGUACAUCGUCUUCGCCAUGAGCACGGUCUACCGUAAGAACCUCUCAAAAUGUUGCCACAAGCAGAGCAGUUACUGCUGCGAAAAGAGUGAGAAUUUGAAUAUGAACAACCACAACCGGGGCAACAACUAUCAUCGACCAAGUGUCACUUUGUUCACAUCGUUGAGGGCGCCUCAGAGUACUUUUGUUGCGCUACGACGCAAUUCACCGUCAACUAUGAACUCAGACACCGCUCUGUAGCAACAAGGAUAGACUAUAUGGAUUUCCUUGUUGAUCAAAUAAAACAAAUACAUUCAGAAAAGUAACUCGGCGUGUGGCUAUCAGGCAAAAAUACAAUAGCCCAUGAUUGUGGCUUUCAAAACUAUCAGAGUAUAUAAAUGGAUUUGUUCCAAGACGCCUUAUGCCUGAUGACAAACAGUAAUGGAUUUUUUCAGUUUUAAAGCCUUAUGAUGAGUGUAAAGGAAGAAGAUUAAAGCAUGUUUUGAUUUAUCCGCUCCCAUAUCAGUAAUUAAAUCGAAGAAGCAUCAAGAAUAUGACUUGAGUGGGGUAAUUGAUAUGAAUAAUCUGUGGAAAACCCAUACCCUAAACUGUCAAAUGUGAUUCAUGACUGUUCGAACCAGUCGUUUCUUGCGUGACUGAAUAUAAGAGACCUGACUGAAUAAAAGAGACCUGACUGAAUAAAAAAGACCACCGACCGGUGACAUGACUUAACAUAACACUAAACGUAACGUUGACGCACGAAUUGACAUAAUAAUUUAACAUAACGAGACGUACAGCAAUUUCUGUUCGGACAUGACUUUCCUUUUUUCAGAUAUCAUUUUUUUCAAACGAAGCGAAUUAAGAGUCGCGCCCAGUCAGCCCCUGGAUCCAUCUGCCAUGCCUGUGUUACCCGUUGACAAAAUAAUAUAAUCACCAGUGACAUAAUGUUCGUCUUUGUUCAUGAACCUUACUACCCUAAAGCCCGUUGCACACGAGGCGUAUUUGCCUGACGUAUGAUUGCGUCAGCAUGUAGCGCAAUCUUUGACGCACCGUGUUAGAACGAUAUUGUUUUUAAACGUGGGAUAAAUAACACAAUGGAAACUAUCAUUUUUAUAACUGACGUAUGAGCUAAUAAUAGCUUCACUUGUUCCAUUAGCGCAAGUAUAGUCAUAACGCAAUCAAAUUGACGCAUGGAAUGUAACGUGCAUUAGAUUCAAACUGGGGUUUCUCAAUCAAGCUACUCUGGAUAUCUAAUCAAAAACUUACUCUCAUGCGGUGUGCGGAAAAUAACGUGGUUGUUUUUGUUAUAUUAAAAUGUAUACAAUAAUCUAUGAUGACGAUAUUUUAUAAAAUAUUAUAUUAAUUGUAUAUUACUUAUGGCCGUGUGUAUUCACUCGUAUUGAAAGUGUGAUUAAAAUUGAGUUGUCUUUGAAUAUUUCAUAAUGUAUCUUAAGAUCAUUCAGGGUGGUUUAAUAUCUUUGACGAUGUGUACACAUUACUAUUGUUACUAGAUAAUCAGUGCAGUACUAGGCAUUGUAUGUGCAUUUGCAAUCAUUAUAAGAAACAUUUUGAGCGUCAUUUUUGACCGGUAAAGCAUGUUUGAAAUUAUAAAACUGUUUGUCUUUUUUCUAAUUUUGUUCGAAAAGAAGAUGUGUGUAAAAUCGUGCUAAUUCCCAACAUAAAUGUUUAGUAAUAGCACUUACUGAUCAUAGAUACACUAUUAGGUUGGUGUACCUUUGUCUAAUUAACCAAUCUGUGUUAGAUUCUUCCAAAAAAUACGUUUUUUAAUAUCUUUUAUAUAUAUAUAUGUCUACCAGAUUAUCAAAAUGUCAUCAUUACCACGAAUUUAUGUGAAUGUAGAAUUACCAGCUGUGUAAAAUAAAAGGAACUUUUUGUAGGAAAUAUCUUUGGACCAGUAAUGACUGCCAAGUAGGUCCGCGGUAAAAAGGUUUACUUGAAUGAAUUUGUGCACAAAGCUCCUGCAUGAAAAGCAUUUAAUUGCGCCGUUUAAGGACAGACGGGUAUAUUAUGCAGAGGACGGCGCCAACGAAACAUUGAUGUCAAAAAUACAAUUUCUACACAUACCAAUGGUGUGUAUGUUUGAGCUUUUACAAUUGGAUGAAUCAUUUAAAAAUGAACGAAUCUAUGGCGCAAUUGAGUGACGCAUCGUAACUAUACAGCGAGAUCACGAGGCGUCAAACUGUUCUGUUCAAAUUAGUAUAGUACCGCUGGUCUACUCCCUGUACCAUACAUUAGUCUGAUCAUUAUUAUAAUACAAAUGAGAGUAGUGGCCUAACGCCUCGACUUCUAUCAACAGCCCCCCCCCCCCCCCAAACCAAACCAAAUCAAACCAAACCAAACCUUGCGCUAUUAAAACUGCGCAAGGUUUAAAACGGCUUUAAAAUGAUUGGAAAGUCCUUGCACCUCUCAGUCUGCAUCUAUAGGUGCUGAAUCUAUGGCUUGAAAAUCCUUGAUAGGCGCAAUGGAAUUGAAGCAUCUGGACGUAGCCGUCAUUAUUUGAAACAGCUUGACGUACGCAUUUAUUGCGUAUAGUUUUAAAAUUUAUGUGGCAUUAGAGAGAGAAGAAUGAGUAGUCAAUGAUCAGUAUGUUGUAGUUUUUUUUUAUAGUUAAGAGAAAGAAAAUGUAGCAAUAAAUUAAUUCAGAACUUCUCUAACUAUUUAGAUUUUGCACACUAUAUUACAAGUACUUAUUAAACUGAAAAUUGUCUUUUAGAUUAUCUGUCUGUAUACCAUAAUUGGGAAGACAAAAAAAAGGCCCCAUAAGGCAGAAAAUGAGUUUCAUCUUCAUUAAGAACUAGGAUUGAAUAUUUUUAAUUUGCCAUUAGAAAUUCUUUGUAAUAAAAUUGUGUGAUGCAAACUUCGUAUUUUUGUCUGAAUUCUUAAUUUAACUCGGUGUUUAUUUUUCGGUUUUCCCUGCUUUACGAAACUAGAAAAGUACAUACUGUGUCCCCCUGUAAUUGAUACCGAAUUCAACAGCCCGCUAUUUGGCAUUAUUUUGAAUUAGAAUCCUGAAGAAUGGUGAUCCUAUCAUAAUCUUAAGGUCUCCGCUAUAAUUAUGCUCAGCGUUUUUAUCGUGAAAAUAGAAAGGGGCUCUGCCUCGCAUUGGCUUUUCAGGCGAUAUUUUUUUUUAUAAUGCUCUUUUAAAUUAUCAUGAAAAGAAUGAGAAAGCUAAGAAAUUAUUGUCACCUUUCCCAGAAAUCAGCCUUCUCUUUAACUUUACAAUCAUAGUUUUUGUUAUACGAAAUCCUUAGUCAAUGUCGUGUUCCUAGAAAGUAGCAUAUAUUCUAUUAUCUAGUUUAGUCAUAUGAUACUACUUUACUGUCAUGACUUUUACAUGUAGUGUAACAUAUUGAUAGAUCAUUAUGUAUUUAUCGUUUGAUGAACUCGGUGUUAUUUGUAAAUAAAAACGUGGUUUUAUCAAUGA